AUGGGAAAAACUAGAGGAGCCCAUGAAACGACUCCCGAGUUGAGGAAUCGAAUGGUAGGAAUGUACGAAGCCGGUUUAGGGCUGCGAGAAAUUGCAGCCGCUGUAAAUUGUUCGCAACGCACCGUGAAGAGAUGGUUGAACAGGUUCGACAAGGAAGGCACGGUAGAGACUCGGGAACGUUGCGGACGUAAAAGAGCUACGACGGCCGAACAAGAUGAAGCGAUUGUACGACUGGCGACGCAAACACCGAUCACGGCCGCGAAAUCUGUGCUUCCCGCUUUGGGGUUGACUUGUUCCGUUGACACAAUACGCGAGAGACUGCAUAAAGCCGGAAUCCACAAUUGGAGUCCGUCGCGAAAGUACAUACAAAAUAUUCCGCUCGGUGACUCGAACGGUACUGAAAUUCAACAACCCGUUUGGAGACCGACUGGAACCCAAUUAGGGAAAAAGAAGCCUUCUAAAGAUAUUAGUAAGGACGAGAAGAACGUCGGUAUCAAGAAGAAAAAGAGUGCUCCUAAAAAGAUCAAGGCUAAAGACGUGUACAUCGGCGACGGUGCCCCGGCAGAAAGUAUAAAAUCGGCGAAUGAUCGGCAACAAUUCGUGUACCCUCAGCAGAAUGUCCCUCAGUCCAACGAAAUGCAAACGACGUCUCAAACUAUGCAUUCUCAAAUAGAGUUCGGCAACGCUCUAAAUUUGACGCUGCAAACGCAGCCUCAUAAUCAUUAUCAACAUCCGGGCAUAAGCAUGGUUCAAAAUUGGCCUCUAGAUUUAGUACAUGGCAGUGAUCAUUACUCGCAGGGUCCACCAAAUUCGAUACCUCAACAAGAGCAGCUGCAAUCAGAAGUUCAGCAACAGCAUUUAACUUCUGACACGCCUGACAUUCACGAUUCUCAAGAUAACGAUCAGUCCUCCGGCGUAGAAUGUGAUGCGAACGAAUGUGAUCCGAAUGAGACGUCGGACGACGGUGGUACGCGAAGCAAGAAGCGAAAAAGGACAAAGAAAGGCGGUAAAACAAAAGGGACGUUGGAAACCAGCGUUGAGAUUCGUAAUCGUAUGAUCGGUAUGGCCGAAGCUGGCUUGUCCACGCUAUCUAUCGCUCUCGCGAUCGACAGAUCGGAACGUACAGUUAAAAGGUGGUUAGAACGUUGGCAUAAAGAAGGGAACGUGCAAACGAAGGAGAGAAAGGGUCGCCGACGGAUCACUACUAAAGAAGAAGACGAAGCGAUUAUCGCUAUGGCCACUCAGCAACCCUUGACUGCAGCUAAACACGUUGCGCCCGCCUUGGGAUUAAAGUGCAGUGUGGAUACGAUCAGGGAAAGGCUUCACAAAGCUGGUAUACAUAGUUGGAAACUUGGGAAGAAGCAGGGAGAAGGAAACGCUGUACACACUGUGCAUCUUUGGAAACCUAGUGGAAACCGGCCGAACAAGUUGAAGCUACCCGGUGAAAAAAGAAGAAGGAUAAAGACUAAUAGAAAACGCGACGAAACAAAUAAUGUACAGAAGAGGCCUACGAAAAAGGCAAAGAGUGAAUCCGUGCUGGUGAAAAUGGAUCCUCCGCCUACGAACCUGAUACCAGAACAGCCUGUUACCUUGACGUUCCAUAAUCCUGGAACAGUGACAAGCUAUCCUACUCCAGUGAUACAACAGCCUGUUCAUGCUAUUCCUCCUACGACGAUAGUUCCACCUCAGUCGCACCCAUCGACGGAUCCUACGACGGCAUCGCAACCAGUGCAACCGAUGGAUGCUAUGAUGCAACAAAGGCCUGACUGUCAGUUAGCACCAGCCAUUGGAGCACCCGUCUCGACGCAGGGAAACACCGGCGUCGCUUACUCGUCGUGCAUGGUUGUUACUAAUAACAAUCACGCGGGGCACAUGGAACAAUCGGAUCCUCUAAAUUACGAACAGUACAUGUGGAGUUUUUAAACUUCCAAUUUUUUUAAUGUACCUCAUAUCAUAAUAUAAUGACGAAGUACUUUUAUGUGUACGCAUGUAUUUUUGCCACUGUGAAAUAUAUUGUAUCAAUCGUAUGAUAAUUUUUAAUGACGAGGGCCUGUACAACAAUACAGUUUCUUAAAUCUGUUUACGAAUGUUUAAUCUAACGAAUAAAUAAAAAUUCACCAUA